UCAUGCGUGUUUUUAAAAAGUACGAAAUAAAUCUGAACAACAUUUAUAAGUUAUUUGGCCAUUCUUCUCCUAAAACACGAUCAUUUAUGUUUCUUGAGAAGAAUGCAUUGUAAGUAAUAUUCAUAGAAGAAUUUCUUUUAACGAGAUUACCCACCAAACGUGUGCUUAUCUUUAUGCAUCUUUUUGUUUUAAAGUUUUCAAGAACAAUAUCCAAACGCCGGAUGUGUGUUUUCUCUUGAAUCAUUUGUGUGAAAUCGAUCACUUAAUGUGCGUGUGUGUGUGUUUUCUUGAAGCAAUAGGUAUGUCUUCUUUUUAAUCAAUUUCUCAGUAAAUUGGGUAUUCAGGAAAUUGGGUGGUUAGAUAGGUUAUCGUAAAUUAUAGAUUCUUUGAAAUAAAUCAGAUAUAGGAUUCCUUCCUUUAUAAGCUAUUCAUGUCUCUGGAUGUUUAGGGUCGCAAGACUUUAAAAACCAGCAAAUAUGAUUCUUAGCAUGAGCUUAAAUGGAUCAAGCGAAUGUCCCGAAGGGAGUGCAAGAGGCUUCAAGGGGAGAAGGAUGGUAUUUGACUUGGACCUCAAUUAUCCACCUCCUGAGGAGAACACAGCUCUAACUGAUCCUCGAGAUGCACAACCUCGAGAGAAUGGAUACUCACAAAGAGAAACUCUAGUUAAUGCCGAGUUCAUUGAUGAAGAAAUUGUUGUGGUCUCCCCAAGGAAAUUUGCAGAAGCAAUGAGCAAUUCUCAAAGAAACCGUUCUCAGAGAAGCUGUGGAGUUAUAGACAGGUUCCAUGAUCCUGCAGAAGCAUGCAGUCAUGUUUCAGAGACAGGUGCAUGUGUCAGCUUCUCCAGUCUUGAGUCUGUGCAUUUUAACUGGGAACUUUACCUGAACAUGGAAGUCAGUAACAAAAUCAAGAAAAGUAAUGUUCCCAUGCCUCCAAUUCUGCCUCAUUCUGAACCCCAGCAUGAAAGACCUACCUUCAGUUGUGCGAUCUGCAUGGGCCAGUUGAUUGAAGAGACAUCAACGAAAUGUGGUCACAUCUUCUGUAAGAAGUGCAUUGAGGUGGCAAUAGCUAUUCAGCACAAAUGCCCUACUUGCAGGCAUAAACUUAGAAAGCGAGACAUCUUCAGGGUCUACCUUCCAACUGCCAGUUAAUUGAACUUUAUACGGCGUGAUGGCAAGCUGUGGCUAGGGUUCACCAAUGGGUUCAGUUAUGGGCGGCUGUGAUUACGAACCUGUCAAGAUUACUUGUGUUUGGACCUUGGUAGUGGAUCUAAUGGUCUACAGAUCCAGUUGGUCUUGGUUUGGGGCUCAAGGCUGGUUCUUCCCUUUGCACCAAGUCCUAAUGAGAUUAAAAACAAUGCUUCCUGGUUGUUAGGUUGCAAGCCUGAGCUUCUAGUUGUUAAAAGCAACCUGAUUUGAAUAUUUGUAUAUUUCGCAUCUAAUUGAAUUGUAGAGGAAUUUGAUAAUCUCCUUGUGAAUUAUUAGAAAGCAACCUGUCGGAUUGACAUUUUAUUUGAUUUUCAGUUUUUAAUCUGAAACCAUUAAUGGGGAGAAUCUUUAUACUACUA